AACUUGACUUUCAAUCUCCAUUCUGUGGUACUGGUUGGGUACUUAUGUGGGUACUUGGGUAUCCAUCUAUGGUACAUCAUUGUGGGUACAUCAGUACAUCUGGGUACAUCCACUGACGUUCUCUAGGUGCAUUGUACUGAUUGUACAUUUAAUUUUUCCAUUUCAUUUUCCAUUCUUUUGACAAAGAGUGUGUUUAUGUGGUGUUUAUGGUGUGUUUUGUCAGUUUUGUGAGCUCUGUGAAUAAAAUAUGGAUACUUCUCUUUCAAACUUCGAACUUAGUGAAAGUACAGUAAAACUAGGAACGGAAUCUGAGAAUGGGUCAGAUAAAAGCGAACCAAUUGAAAUUCUCAAUUAUGGUGAUGUAGAAUCCUCUAGCAAUAAACAUGAAGAUUGUGACAAUAAUUUGCCAUCAACUGUAACGCUAUUAAGAGAUAGAGAAACUGGAACUAAGGUGUAUCUUGUAGGAACUGCCCAUUUUAGUAAAGAAUCACAGGAAGAUGUUAAAAAGGUAGUACAAAAUGUUCAACCUAAUUUGGUAGUUGUUGAGCUAUGUACUUCCCGAACAAGCAUUUUAGAAUUAGAUGAAAAAACUAUAUUGGAAGAAGCCAAAAAAAUUGAUUUUGCAAGAGUUCUGUCGACUGUCAAGUCAAAUGGAGUGGUUAAUGGCCUAAUGUAUAUAUUAUUAUUAAAUAUGAGUGCUCAUAUAACAAAAGAAAUUGGAAUGGCACCGGGAGGGGAAUUUCGAGUAGCUUAUAAAGAGGCGUCAAAAAUUCCAAACUGCUAUGUCCAUUUGGGGGAUAGACCUAUCGGUAUCACUAUGAGACGGGCGUUAACUCGACUGACUUGGUUUCAAACGUUUAAGCUGGCUUGGCAUCUAUUAACUACAAAAGAAUCAAUCAGCGUAGAAGAAGUAGAAAAGUAUAAAAAUCGUGAUAUGCUCGAACAAUUAUUGGCUGAUUUGGCAGGAGAGUAUCCGGCGUUUCGCGAAGUGUUUCUAGAUGAAAGAGAUAUUUAUUUAACAAAUUCUUUACAAGCAGCUGCAAGAAUUAAGCCUAGCGCGAAACCAGGUGAAAUAAUACCAGAUGAGCCAUUAAAAGUUGUUGGGGUAUUUGGAAUGGGCCAUAUACCAGGAAUUAUAAGACUUUGGAAUCAUGACCAACGACAAUAUAUGCAAGACAUUAUGACAAUACCGCCUCCAUCUUUGACCUCUAAAAUAAUCCGGUAUUCAUUUCGAAUUUCAUUGUUAGGUCUGGGUGGAUACUUUAUUUACAAACUUAUACCACUGCCUUCAGGUUUUAGAGCUAAUUUUAAUGGGUUAACUAAUAAAAUUAUAACCUCUAUAAGAUUUAGUGAUACUGUUAAGUAUACUUUAAAUUAAUUUUAUUACUUUUCUUAAGAAAUAUAUGUAUAUAUUGUACAAGUGCAAAUAAUAUGGUCAUCAAUUUUAAUAACUAGUGUUUUUAUAAUACCUCUUAAAAUUUUGCUAAUACAACACGGUUAUUAAUGAAAUAUUUACAUAAUGUUUAUAACUAUCUGGUCUAAUAUCGUAUGUGAUAUAAGUAUUAUAAUAAACACACAAAACAUUA